AGGAAGAUGGCGGAGCGGAGCUGUGGAGGCUGUAUUGGCUGAGCUGCUGUAGGUUUAAAUGCAACAGAAGGGCACGCAGUCACCGUGGAAGCGGCCGACGUGAAGGGACAUCUUUCCCUUGUAGGAGCAGGGCGAGGUUAGCCUUUUACUGGAUUUUCUGUUUGUGUUUUUCUCUAAUCGAGAGGAGAGUGCCGAGCGAGGAGCAACGAAAACAAGUCGGACAUGAACGGGGACACUGUAUGCAACAGCCAUUCAUUCGCCCUCUUGAGCUGCACCAAUUCCAUAUCAUCAGUUCAAGAUGAAAAGCCCACCAUCAGGUUGACACAGGACAGAAAGUGCUCUCCAGUUUUGUCCUUGCAGAAUGAUGCCCAGAAGCCAGGAGAAGGACAGACAAUGAAUACCAUCAGCACUCCAACGAAAGACCCAAAGGCAGAUUUCACAGAGAUGGAGAACAGCUACAGCCAGUGUUCACCCUGCUGGUCUGAUGAACAGCCAUCACCUCUGCAGCUCCACUGCACCGAAGCCUACCUUUGUUCUCAUCCUGAACUCUCCCUUCCCCUCAGCAAUGGCUUAACUCAUACUCCCCUACAUGCCAAUAAUGGCGGCGCUCUCCAUGGCCUCCAGAGGAGGGGAGCCCGGGUCAAGGUCAUAGGAAAGAAAUCCACUCGAAGAAUGGCAGGAGGGGAAAAUUCCCAAAACCGGAAAGUUACUGAUUUCUAUCCAGUAAGACGAAGUUCAAGAAAAAGUAAAAUGGAGCUCAAGUGCGAAGAAAAGAAGCUCAUAGAUGAUCUCAUUACAAGUGGAAUAGAGGAGGGAAUGGAGGUGCAAUACAUAGAAGGAAAGGGGAGAGCGGUGUUUGCCACUCGGUGUUUCCAGAAAGGCGAUUAUGUGGUGGAAUACCACGGAGACUUGCUACAGAUCACCGAUGCUAAAAAGAGAGAAGCCGAAUAUGCUCAAAAUCCAGCAACCGGCUGUUACAUGUACUACUUCCAGUACCUCUGCAAAACAUACUGUGUGGAUGCUACAAAAGAGACUGGUCGAAUGGGUAGGUUGAUAAAUCACAGUAAAAAUGGGAACUGCCAAACCAAACUCCACGACAUCAACGGUGUUCCUCACCUUAUUCUCAUCGCCUCUCGAAAUAUUGACAAAGGCGAGGAGCUGCUUUAUGACUAUGGAGACCGCAGCAAAGCUUCCAUCGCUGCUCACCCCUGGCUCAAAUAUUGAUUAAGAGGUCCAGAGAAAAAGUAAAGGGAAACGUACAGUAAGAGUUGUUUUUUCAUUAGCUAGUGUACAAAAGGCCUUAGAAACAGAAUGUGUACCUUUUUUUUUUUUGUUUCAAUAAUGAGGAAGCUGGGGUGUGUGAGGGUUUAGUAGACAUUUAUGGGUUCAGGUCAUGGGGGCUGAUUGGGUUCAUAUCACAUUUCAGUUAAGGUCCAUCUGCCUUGUCAGAUGUUAUCUGUACUUUUUAUUUAUGUGUGUUUCAGAAACAUUCUUUUGUUUUGCAGCACAUUUGUUUUGUACAUUUUGUAUUACCUAUAGAGUAGUGCUUCUACAGCAUGCAGGUAGUAGUUGAUGCUCUGCAUUUUUAUACAGCUUUUUUUAAUUAGUACGUAGAUACUUGGCAAUACUUGUAUUUGCUCCCCUUUUUGAAUCAGCAGAAACUAUGAGAUGCAAAUUACAAACUCUUUUUAGAUAUGUAUUCUAUUCAAGGGGUAUCUAUUUUCAGCAAUUGGACCUCACACUCAUUGUUUAGUGGGGUAAAAUAGUUAAUCACGUUCACGGUUUAUUUGGCGUUUCAGGAUUUUGGUUACCAAAAAAGAUCACAUGUUUUGACACUGGAUGAAAUACUUUGUGUUGAUCAUGGAAAAGAUUACAUUAGAAUAUGGAAAUUACUCUUAUGAAUGUUUAUUUUUUAGGAUAGAUUGUAUUUUAUCAUAUUAAACAUGCCAUAUACAAAGAGUUAGUAUGUGGUAAAUUUUAAAAAAUUAAAACAAAAAGUAUCUGGGAAAACCUACAGAAUAUUCUGUGUGACUCGAAGAGAUGAUUCGCUCAUGCAAGUAAUAGUUUCGGUGUCUCUCUCUAACCUCAAUUGGCACACACGAUUAUCUCAUCUGUUGGAUUUAGUUUCACUUAAUUAUAACUUCUCCCACUGAUGAUGACACUGUCUGUGGUGCUGCACUUUGUAAAUAUAUUUAUUUGCUUGCUGUUACAAAUCCAAAUGUUGUUUCAAAAGAAAUACUGUGACAUUUUGGGAAUUAUGUUGUAUUUUUUUUUUUUU